AUGCUGCCCCUCGCGCACUCCACCCGCCAUCCCCACCCCCGCCCUGCAUCUCGAGCCCCACCUCCGAAGCGCUCUCCUGCCCGAGCCCGAACUCGACCUUGCCUUCCCCACCGGCGCCCGCAGUCCCAUGCGCUCACCCUUACCCGAGCGCAGCCUCCGAGCGCGGAACCGGGCGAGAAUACUGAAACCACCUCCGCCCCCGCCACCACCAGCGUCUUGUCGUUCUUGUGCCCGCUUCUCAAGUUCUUCGGGGGCGGGGAUCCUUCUCAAGAGCGGAAUGACAUCGUGGAGGUGGCCACAUCUUCCCUUUCAAGUUUAGCUAGACUGCCAUGGGGAUCAAGUGUUGCAGCUAGUAGUACAGAAAGAGUUGGUACACCAACGAGUGCUCCGACUCUUCAACUGUAUGAGUUUGAAGCAUGUCCCUUCUGUAGGAGAGUCAGGGAGGCCAUGACUGAGCUUGAUCUUUCUGCGGAGGUUUAUCCUUGCCCAAAAGGAUCACUGAGGCAUAGAGAUGUGGUCAGGAAAAUUGGAGGGAAGGAGCAGUUUCCACUUCUUGUUGAUGCAAGUACUGGUGUCACAAUGUAUGAAAGUGGAGACAUUGUGAAGUACCUGUUCAAACAGUAUGGACAAGGAAAGAGCCCUUCUUUUGGCCUCCUUGAGAGUACAAUUUUCACAGGAUGGGUGCCUACUCUUCUUCGAGCUGGAAGAGGGAUGACAAUGUGGAGCAAAGCCGGCGUGAUACCUGCAGAGAAGCUGGAACUCUUCUCAUUUGAGAACAACACUUACGCAAGGAUUGUCCGUGAGGCUCUGUGUGAAUUGGAGCUCCCUUACGUUCUCCAGAACGUGGGAGAGGGGUCGUCGAAGAUGAGUUCGCUGCUGAGCUUAGCAGGUUCUAAGCAGGUCCCGUAUCUGAUGGAUCCAAACACCGGGUUCCGGUCGGGCGAUCACAAGACGAUACUGUCCUACUUGUUUCAGCAGUACUCUUUGGGCGGCUAG